CACACGCUCAUUGGAUGGUAGCUUUCCAAUCACGGUCGAAGUGCGAAUGGGCAAUGCUCGUGCGAAGUGCUGCUACUUGUGGUGCAACCACGGCGACUUAACUGAAUCGCUGUCGAUGCGUCCGUCGAGGAAUAAUGCUACUUAAUUUAAGAAAACAAGUCGUCCUUUAUUGAGCAUCGCAUCAGUUGAUAUCCGGUUAUCGCAAUAUGGCGUCAAAUGGUGGAGAGUAUCGUCGACAAAUAUCAGCCUCAGAAAAAGUGAAACCCUCGACCUUCGUUGCCACAAGAGAGGACUUGCUUAUGAGGAAGACAAAUCCAUCGUUCUCAAAAUACCGACGGUUGUCAAGGGAAUUUUCGGUCGACUCGUGCGCGCAAACCGACGACGACUCGGAAAUGGACAUGCGAGACGACAACGAAGACUGUGUGUUCGCAGACGCGGACAACAGCAAACAGAGUCUCAUUUAUUUGGAUAAAAUCCGGAAGCAAAACGCACAGUCGUCGAGACUUACCAGAAGUUCGUCUUUAGUCGAAUCAGUCGACAUGCCUCUGGAUCUACGCAGUCGGUUUUUGGACCGGAUAUCCGUCGACGUCACUACUGAAACCGUGCAGAUAAGGAAGCCCGUAUUUCGGCGUGUUUAUACGAACAGCCGAGAGCGGUGGCGGCAACAGAACGUCAACAGCGCGUUCAGUGAGCUCCGGCGUCUUCUGCCGACACACCCGCCGGACAAGAAGCUUAGCAAGUCGGAAAUACUGCGUUUCGCAAUCAAAUACAUUCGUCUGUUGUCUAAAGUUGUGGAAUACCAGGAAAACAAUAAUGACCUGUCGGCUCCAAGAGUGGCAUUUGACAAUAAUAGCUGGAAAUCCGUACUUGGGCCACUAGACGGUGUCUAUCAUGUCGAUAAUGUACGACUUUUAUCUAACGCAUCGGCUUCAUCGGACCCGUCGAUGUCCCCGGAAUAUUACAGAGACAGUUUCGGCGAGGACGAUUAGCGGCCGGCGAAGGCAGUCACCUGAUUACUUAAAUUAUGAAUGGCGCAAUACAAUGGAAAUGCUUAUAAGUAACGGUGCAGUGUAAUGUGGUCCGUAUUUGAGGGUUGCAUACUUACAAUGAUCAGUACUGGUAUGUUUGACGUUAAAAUGACUUGCAAUAAUGCGGAUUCUUUCUGUCAAAGAAAGAUCGAAAAUCAUUGUCAAAUAGUUUUACAGCGUUAUAUACUAUAGUAGUAAAUCUGUUAGAGUUGUCAGUAACAAAAAUCACACUUAGUCUUUAAAAGGAUUGCACAACAAACUGUGUGGCUACAUUCGUGCAUUUUUCCGAGGGAUUCAUGGAUGCAUAGCACGAAUCUAUGUUGUUGUGUAAUUGUCAAAAACUUACAUAAAUAUACACAAAUUGUUAUACACAAAA